AUGCCCGCUACCUAUCCCAAGCCCCCAACAGCGCCCCCGCGCUGGGAGUACACUCCGCAGAAGAUCGAGACCAAUGUCGAUGGCUACAUCACCGAGACGGACAAGCUCCUCGAUGAGAUCGCCGCGCUGCCUAAGGAGCAGCGGACCUUCGACAACACCGUCCGCCGUAUGGCGUUCCAUGACUCGGCUGCGGAUAGGGGCAUCGAGCCCGGCCUCUUCUUGCAGUACGUCAGCGAGGAUGAGGGCGUGCGCAACGCUUCUGUUGAGGCCGACAAGACGCUCCAGGAAUAUGGCCUCAAGACCAUCGCCCGCGAGGACAUCUACAAGGCCCUCCUCGAUGCCGAGGCCCACGUCAAGGCUGAGGGAAAGCUCAACUCUGAGGAGCAGCGCCUCAUGGAUCGCAUGAUUCGCGACCGCAAACGCAAUGGUCUGGGUCUGGAGCAGAGCAAGCGGGACGAGCUGCUCAAGCUCCAGACGAAGAUCAUGGGCCUCGAGGUCGACUUCCAGCGCGCGUGUAACGAGGAGAAGGGCUUCCUCCUCUUCACUGAGGAGGAGCUGGUAGGCGUGCCCGCGGCUGCCGUCGAGGGUUACCCUAAGGAGGGCGACAAGUACAAGGUCACCUUCAAAACGCCUGAUAUCGUGCCCAUUUUCCAGUACGCCGAUAACCCGGAGACGCGCCGCCGCGCCCAGCUCGGCUACGAGGGCAAGACUAUCCAGAACGUCCCCGUACUGGAGGAGAUUGUCCAGCUACGCAAGCAGGUCGCCGACAUCCUUGGCUUCAAGAACUUUGCUGACUAUAUCCUUGAUAUCAAAAUGGCCAAGGAUUCGAAGACGGUCAUGGACUUCCUGAACGACUUGCGCACCAAGCUUACCCCCCUCGGCGAGGCCGAGAAGAAGAAUUUCCUCGAUCUCAAGAGGGAGGUGCACCAGGAGAAGGGGUAUGAGCCCGAUGACGAGCUCAACCUUUGGGACUACCGCUACUACGACCGCCUUUGGACUGAGCGCAAGCUUGCUCUGGACGAUGAGAAGAUAAAGGAGUACUUCCCUGUUAACAAGGUCGUCCCGACCAUUCUAGACAUCUACAAACAGCUCCUCAGCGUGCAAUUCUACCCAGUCCCACGAGAUGAAGAGCACGGUGGCAACACGUGGCACAAGGACGCUGAGGCUUACGCCGUCUGGGACCAUCAGAAUGGCAAGGACGGCGAGUUCCUUGGGUAUAUGUACCUCGACCUGUUCCCUCGCGAGAACAAGUAUGGACACGCCGCCGUCUGGGGUCUCAUCCCCGGCUGGACCAAAGAGGACGGCGGGCGCUCGUACCCGACCGUCUGCAUGGUCGCCAAUCUGGCCAAGCCUACACCCAAGCGCCCUGCGCUGAUGAAGCACUCGGAUGUGGUCACCUUCUUCCACGAGAUGGGUCACGCUUUCCACGGUCUUUGCUCGCGGACACAGUUCAGCCGUUUCCACGGCACGCAUGUCGCUAGAGAUUUUGUCGAGGCACCUUCGCAGAUGCUCGAGAACUGGUGCUGGCUGCCGGAGCAGCUUAAGACUAUGUCAUCACACUACGAGACUGGCGAGAACCUACCGGACAACCUGAUUCAGAGCAUUGUCAAGAGCAAGAACGUCAACCAGGGCCUGUUCAAUCUCCGCCAGCUGUUCUUCGGGCUCUACGACAUGACUCUCCACACGUCUAAGGAUGACAUUGAUCAGACCAAGCUCUGGUGCGACCUGCGCAAGGACGUCUCGCUCGUGUCCACCAAGGGCGAGUACGUGGGCGGCCAGAGCGGCUUCGCUCACAUCGUCGGUGGCUACGCCGCGGGCUACUACGGCUACCUCUACUCGCUCGUGUUCGCGGCGGACAUGUUCGAGACCGUGUUCAGCAAGGCGCCCAUGUCGCCGGAGAACGGCAUGAAGUACCGCAAUGAGAUUCUCAAGGUCGGCGGAAGUCGUGACGAGAUGGACUCGCUGGUGGCACUGCUCGGCCGCAAGCCGACCAACGACGCGUUCCUGCGGGAUCUCCUGAGCGGCGCGGAGGGCGAGGCUGCGCGUCUGUAG